CCGGACCCUGCCUCCCCCCCCCUACCCCCGACGCCGAGGGGGUCUUGCGCGUGGGCCGACUCCGGGUCUGUGUGGAGGAGGUUUUGGGCUUCGGCUGCCACGGGACCAUCGUCUUCAAGGGCAAGUUGGACGAGCGCCCCGUGGCCGUGAAGCGGAUGCUGCGAGCCUUCCACGCGGCGGCGGACCGGGAGAUCCGCCUCUUGAUCGAGAGCGACGGGCACCCCAACGUGGUCCGGUACUUUUUGAGGGAGCAGAGCGGGGACUUCGUCUACCUGGCCCUGGAGCUCUGCGUGUGCUCGCUGCGGGACGUGGUGGGGCGGCUGGAAAAGGCGAUGGAGGCUGUGGGGGAGGGUGGGGGCGGACGCCGGUGGGCCCAGCAGAGCCGCAGGGUCUUUGUGGGGAAGCUCUCGCAACGAGAGGGGGCCAAAGACGGGGCGGAGGGCAACGAGACGCUUGGCGUGGUCCCGGCGCCUGUGCGCAGCGCCCUCUUCCAAAUCGCCAAGGGCGUCACGCACCUCCACUCCCUGCGCAUCGUCCAUCGCGACCUCAAGCCUCACAACAUCCUCCUCGCCUCCGCCUCCACCACCCCCUCCGCCCCUGCCUCCCACUCGCCCUCCGCCCCGUCCUC